AUGGCACCGGAAACACCAAAGGGAGUCUCCUCGAGGCUCCUCAGCAUGAAGUUCAUGCAGAGGGCCGCCGCAUCAGCCGCAUCGACACCAGGCUCCGACAGCGACGCCUCGUCGGCCAAGAAGCGCAAGCUGGGCCCCGACGACGACAAGUUCAGUGCCAACAUAGACCAGGCAUCUAUCCAGGCCGCCAUUGAUGAACGGGAAUCCAAACGCCAGGCUGCCAUCGAUAAGCAUGGCGGCAACGACACGCACUGGGUCCUCGACGCCGACUGGGGCAAAAAAUCGAAACAACCCGUCAAACCGCCUCGUCGCGUCGUCUAUGUCGGAUAUGGUGGCGCCGACUCGUCAGAUGAUGAGGCUGAUACUAUUGACAAGCCUGUGCGCACCUCGACAAAGGGCUAUGCAAAGGCCAAGGAAACCAAAACAUGCCCCGAGGACGAGUCCGGCUCGAGCGACGAUGAAUCUGAAGACGAGAACCGUUUCAAGCGCAGUGGCAGAGAACAGAGCGAGCAUGGACGCUCACGAUCCCGAUCAGGAUCCAUCAAACAGACGGCAGAGGCUUCCAAAGCCAAGGAGUUCCGCGACAAGAGAAAGAAGAAGGAUGUCAAGCUGAACAAGCUGACAUCUAUCUCCUCUGCCGGAAGUGGCAACCAGUUUGGGUCGCCCAAUGGCAACAAGUCACUCAACUGCUUUAACUGCCAAAAGACGGGCCACAAAGCCUCUGAUUGCCCGAACAAGGAAUUCAAGAGCUCGUCGAAACGAAGCUGA